UAAUAUAAUUUUUUAUAUUUUAAUUUUCAAUAUUUCUUCAACAGCUACCCUCUUAAUAUAAAUGUUCUUAUUAUUUGUUUUGGCUUGGACAAGCUUUUUAAACCCAGAGCCCCUUAUCCCCGCACCUCUCUCUUUAACUUGAAACCCCAAAUCAUCUCCAAAAAUGACUCUAGACUCUUGUGAAGCCCCCAAAACUCCAUACCUAUAAUAACAUGCCAUUACCCACAACCAUAACACCACCAUUCUUGUGCCCUGCUCCAAUCUUCCCUCCAAAUCACCCCCAUUUCCCGCCAAGAAACCAGUUUCCUCCGAGACCUAUCUUUCACAGGCCAAGAAUGGCAACUCUUUCUGGGUUCAUUGCUGGGUCACAACUUGUGGGUUCUUCAGGCAGUGGUGGUGGUGGUGAUAAUGAGGCCCGCACUCUGAUUGAGUAUGUGGGCGGCGGAGGUGUCGAUGUCGGCGAUGAUCUUGUGCUUUUAAUCCAUCACUUACAGUACGCCUGCAAGAAAAUCGCAGCUCUUGUGGCCUCUCCUUUCAAUUCUACCCUUGGGAAGCAUACGAGUUUUGCUGCCGGCGCCGGCGGUUCGGCCGGUGGGUCAGGCAGGGAUGCACCGAAACCGCUUGAUAUUGUUUCGAAUGAAAUCAUCUUGUCGUCACUUAGAAGUUCUGGGAAGGUAGCUGUCAUGGCAUCGGAAGAAGAUGACACUCCAACUUGGAUACGUGAUGAUGGCCCAUUUGUGGUGGUAACAGAUCCUCUAGAUGGUUCGAGAAAUAUUGACGCAUCCAUUCCCACUGGGACGAUUUUUGGGAUUUAUCGACGCCUUGAGGAACUGGAUCAUCUACCAACAGAGGAGAAGGCUUUGCUGAAUUCACUCCAGACUGGAACUAGGCUUGUAGCUUCUGGUUAUGUUCUUUAUUCAUCAGCCACGAUAUUCUGCACCAGCUUUGGUUCAGGAACACAUGCAUUUACAUUGGAUCAUUCCACGGGAGAUUUCAUUCUCACACACCCAAGCUUAAAAAUUCCUUCUCGAGGGCAAAUAUAUUCUGUAAAUGAUGCUCGAUAUUUUGACUGGCCCGACGGAUUAAGACUCUACAUAGACACUGUGAGACAAGGAAAAGGCAGGUAUCCCAAAAAGUACUCCGCCCGUUAUAUCUGUUCUCUGGUAGCUGAUUUUCAUCGAACACUACUGUAUGGUGGAGUUACAAUGAAUCCAAGAGACCAUCUUCGUCUCGUGUACGAGGCCAACCCACUCAGCUUUCUGGUGGAGCAAGCUGGGGGCAAAGGCUCUGAUGGUAAAAAUAGAAUUCUUUCAAUUCAGCCAGUGAAGCUGCAUCAAAGGCUGCCUCUGUUUUUGGGAAGUUGUGAGGACAUGGAAGAGUUAGAGAGUUAUGGAAAUGUGCAACAGAAAGUGAACCCUGGAUAUGAGGUCUGAUAGUGUGCUAAUACCACAAGAUCCAGUGGAUAUAUCGCCAUAAAAGCCAACUCUGACAUCUAAAGCGCUGUGUGUUUCUUAACCACUUCAAGUCCUAAUAGUUGUGUGAUUCCUUGUCCUCUCGGCAACUAUAUAUGUCAUGAAGAGUCUAGGUGUGAAAAAACAGGUGACAUGAAUCUCUUCGAUAUGUGUAUGAUUUUUGUGUAAUCUCUUACUUCUGUUUUGGUC